GUCUUCCGUACUCUGGUUGUUAGACAUUCGGCCAGAGUGAUCACCAGUAUAGACGGUAACAAGUCCUUUUCAGUGGCCUUACUAAUAUUUUUACUAAAAAAUGGCGGCCGUAUAAGUAUACCGGGCCAUAGGUCGGUUGUAACCCGGAAAUGCCUUUCGGGGGGGGGGAACCGGUGGGGCAAUCCGGAAGUGGAUGUAAUGAAGAGUUGCCACUUGGCGGCCAUGGCAGCUGUAGUAUCGGUGUCUUCGGGUCAAGACUCGGAGGAGUGGAGUAUCAUGGGCAGCAGCGGGUAUAGGGCAGAGACAGCUUUGUAUCAGCUUCGCUGCUGAACCUUUCGGAUCCGUCGUGUUAGAGACCUGCAGGACUCCUUUCCCCAUACAAGACUCGGAGGGGAGUUUGCCGGGAUUGGUGGGCUGGUCCCAGCCCUGGGGGGAUCACCGUUGGGCUGCCUCAGGGGUACGGGGGGCCGGGAGACGAACAGGUUCUCUUGGGUUUUCCUCCUCUUCCUGCUGCCAUCUGGGACAUUGUCUGUGGGGGGAGUGGACUCCUUGUGCCACUCUCAUUCCGACGAUUGAAGAAGUCGUUCAUUCUCAUAUUUUCCCCGUUGACUUUUCCCAUUUCUGUUAACUCACGGGAAUCCAGUGUCUGGCACCUGGGAACCCAGAGGCUGGGACCUAAGGUUGCUGAAAGUUCUCUCUGGUGCUAUUAUCAGCAAAAAGGGGUUUCCAGAGGUACCUCGAGAACAGAUCUGCUGGUGGGGAGGCCGAAAGAACUGGAGAGCCCGCCUAUUCUCUUGGAAUCACCGCGCGUGUUUGAGAACCUAAGCAACUUUUGAAGCCACUGAAAAUUCAUAGUCUGUCUGGUGGUGGUGGGUGAAUAAAGGAGGGCAGAAUGGAUGAUUUCAUCUCCAUUAGUAUGCUGUCCCUCGCUAUGUUGGUGGGAUGUUACGUGGCUGGAAUCAUUCCUUUGGCUGUUAAUUUCUCAGAGGAUCGACUAAAGCUGGUGACUGUUUUGGGUGCCGGUCUUCUCUGUGGAACUGCACUGGCAGUCAUCGUGCCUGAAGGAGUACAUGCACUUUAUGAAGACAUUCUUGAGGGAAAUCACCACCAAGUGAGUGAAACACAGAAUGUGAUUGCAUCAGAUAAAGCAGCAGAAAUACCGGUCGCCCACGAACAUGAGCACAGCCACGACCACACACAGCUGCAUGCCUACAUCGGUGUUUCCCUCGUGCUAGGCUUCGUUUUCAUGUUGCUGGUGGACCAGAUUGGCAGCUCUCACGUGCAUUCUACUGAUGAUCCAGAAACAGCAAGAUCCAGCAAUUCCAAAAUCACCACGACCCUGGGACUGGUCGUCCAUGCUGCAGCUGAUGGUGUUGCUUUGGGAGCAGCAGCUUCUACUUCACAGACUAGUGUCCAGUUAAUUGUGUUUGUGGCAAUAAUGCUACAUAAGGCACCAGCUGCAUUUGGGCUGGUUUCCUUCUUGAUGCAUGCCGGCCUAGAGCGGAACCGAAUCAGAAAACAUUUGCUGGUCUUUGCCCUGGCAGCACCAGUUAUGUCUAUGGCGACAUAUUUAGGACUAAGUAAGAGCAGUAAAGAAGCCCUUUCAGAGGUCAAUGCCACUGGAGUGGCCAUGCUUUUCUCUGCUGGGACAUUUCUUUAUGUUGCCACAGUACAUGUCCUCCCUGAGGUGGGCGGAUUAGGGCACAGCCACAAACCCGACACCACCGGAGGGAGAGGCCUCAGCCGUUUGGAGGUGGCAGCCCUGGUUCUGGGUUGCCUCAUCCCACUCAUCCUGUCAAUAGGACACCAGCAUUAAGCGUUCAGGUUCCAGCCUCUGUCCAUGGCUGCUUGCCAUCCAGUGAGAACAGCCGGCACAUGACAGCUCCUCACUUCCUCAGUCUCGUGUCUCGCCUUGCCCAUCUCCACCUGUAUUCCUAGAGUCCGGAGGGAGGUGAGAUUAAAACCUGGAGUGACGGAAAAGCUUUUAGAAUAGAAACAACACAUUGCGAUUGGAUAUAGACAUUCCCUUGUGUUGUCCUUUAAAGGGCCUUGGCAUUUUGAGUUUUGAUGUUUCUCUUAACCCUAUUCUCAGGGAAGAUGGAAUUUAGUUUUAAGGAAAAGUGGAGAACUUCAUACUCACAGUGAAAUAGUAAUUAUAACAGUACAGUGUUCCGUAAUUAAGCUGAAUCUCUUCAUUCUUAGUUUAGAGGCUCUGCCACUCUAUCCAUCGAUUUUUAACAUGCUUCUCACCGUGUCAGACUGGUGCUUUUAGCAUCUAUCCCACGCACUUGAUAGGUCACAGCACUCACUGUCCUAGAUGCUAAAGGUGAUUGUAUUUCAUUUGGGGCUAGAGUCAGAACAAUGAUAGCAAGACAUUUGGAGGGCUGACUUUAUACUCAAGAUGGAGAUCCACCAGAUGCCAGGUCCGGAGAGACCAACACCUCUCUUUGCACGGGCCUCUGAAAUAGAGCCUGCCAUUCCAUCAAAUGAAGCAACAGAGGGUGGGACUGGCUGCUAAAGAGAUGACUAGUAUUUUGUAGCAUUUCUUGUCAAGUUCUCUUUUGCAAAAUACCUGCCUCCAACACGUUCCUAUCGAGGAGUCAGGCUCUAGUAGGUUCAGGCCUCGGCUUUCCUUCAGAAGCAGUUUCACGAAGUCGCUUUGGAAAUUAAGGGGUAUUAAAUUUUAAGUGAAUUGGGAGAGUUACUGACAUCUUUGUAGUCACCUUUUUAAAAGUAAGGCUAUGGAAACCUAUGUUGUACUUUUUUUUUCCUCUUUCUUUUUUUAAGUAUUACUCUUAGCAGAUCAGCAGUCUCUCUGGUAAAAUACUUGGUGCAGCUUGGGGAGCGUUAGGUCUGUUUCACAGAGCAUCUUUAGCAAUGAAGAAAGGAUGUAUCAUAAAUGGGAAGUGUUGCCUAUUGAUUUAAAGCUUAUCGAAAUCAUGUCUCUUGUUUCUUCAUCUUUUCCAUGAUUUUCUCCUAACGUUUCCCUCCAGCCCCUCCUUCCCACGAUUUGCUGCUUAUUGCUGGUGGCAAUGUUAAUAUUUCUGUGAGUUGAGUUCUCAUCAGGACAACCACUUCUUGAACUGUGAUGAUGAAGAUAAUAUUAUCUUUAGUCCCUUCAAAGAAGUUACUUUUGUGUCAAAUGCAGUUUUGUUAAGCCCUUAAAAUAUCACCUUUUUAUGUGUGAACUGACACACUCAUUGAUAUCCUGGUGAUUUAAACAAUUGAGAUAGCAAAAAUGUUUAACAAACUAAGGUGAUUUUUCCAUAUCUGCCAAAAUCCCUGUAAAUCCUGUUCUGUCAAAUAAGUGUAUAAUAUUGUAUUAUUAAUUUAUUGUGACUUUCUGUACCAUUUCAAAACACAGCAUUAUGUAAAGGGGAACCAAGGAUAUCUUCUUCAGGGCAGUGGAUUUAGGAGUUUGUAAAAUGUUUUAUAUGACGCAUAAGCCAGCAUGCUUAUGAUUUCUUUAUUUCCUUCCUAGAUUUGUCCCUGGGCCAGCAGCUGUUUGAAAUAGAACUUGUGAGCCCUCUGCUGGCUACAGGCCAAAGCAGCAUAAAUAGGAUACGGUUUUGUAUAGUGGCUGGCAUCCAUUGCACACAAUUUUAAAACCAGCAGAAGGUACAGCAUGGAAAGUCUAAGUGACCUUCCCGAUUAGGUGAUAACAACUGACUUAUCAGAGUCACGGGGCUUCAUCUGGUCCUUCAGAAUUACAUGGUGGCCUUGAUUCUCCCCGGAAACUUAAUAAAUACAUAGCACUCUAGUGCUUGGUUUAGUUUGGAUAGCAGCACAUUCUACCAUAUCUUUCUGUGCAGUGGUCAGAAAUUUGUACUGCUGACCGAAGCUUUUUGCAGCAGUGCCUUGCCAUCAUACUUACAGGUUUGGCUAGAAUAUCCUGCAGGGGAGGGCCUUGAACUCUGGCAAGGAUUGAACCAUCUAACUCCAAAUUUUGCCUUCCCCCCGCCUUCACCACCAACAAGCAAACCUUUCAAGACCUAUCAGCUCUUAAGAGCUAUGGGCGUUCGCAGAUUUUAAAGCUGCUGCCUUAAGAACUACUCAGUUCUUUCCUGGUCAGCAGGCACAAAUAGCCAUAUUAAUCUUAUAGGGCUCAGAUGCAUCUUCAGGCAGCAAGGAACCAGGCAGUGGGGCACAGCCGCCUCCAAUGGAGGAAGAGCUUUGCCACCCUGGUGCGCAGUGUCCCAGGAGAGGCCAUACCGAUGCCCACUUACUGGCACAUUUCAGUUCCGUUUUCCUCAUAUUUAAAACUGCCUCCUUAGUUGUGGAUGCCUUAAUGCUGUAACACAUUUGACGACAUCGGCAGUACUGUCAUGAGUACAAAUGGAAUUAUUGGCUACCAAAGAGAUGCAGUUGAUGAAAAGCAUGGUCCUUCCUUCCUCAUACUCAAAGCUAAUCUUAGUUGCAAUUUGACUUUCUUUCCUUCUUAGGGGGGAUAGACUUUCUUCAGAUUCCAAGUACUCUCUUACGUGACAAAUUAAGUUGAAAAAUACUAUUGAUCAGUUUCCCCUCACAUAUUCUCCAGUUAAUUGCUUAUCAGUUCCCAUUUCACCAAAGCAGUGAUGCUACAGGUUUGAUUUGCUUGUCCUGUGCAUGCUGUUGCCAAGUUUCUUUUUUCAAGCAAAGGGUUCAGCAGUGAGAGAUGGAAAUGGUACUACCUACAGAGGCUCUGUGUUCUCCCUGCCCCCUUCACCUUUUUAUUUCCCAAUUCAGAACAGCCAGGUUAGCCUUGUUACUGUAUUUGAAUCAUUAGAAAAACACAGAGGUGGCAGUUUUGAGUUAUUGGUUCUUGUAGAAAUGAGAAAAAUGUAAUUGUGUUUUUUCACCAGCCUCAUUCUAGGUAUCACUGCCUGUUUUUUUUUUUUUUUUUUUCUUCUUUUUUCAUGGAUUUUCCAGAAGUAGGAGGUCACACCAGCAUCAGAGUGUAUUAAGCCCCUAAAACACAUGGUAGCUAGGUACUAAACAUAGGGCCUGUAUGUCAGCAGCACAGGCCCCCAAAGAACGUUCCUGCUCUUCGGAUCCCCGAGUCCUCUGGGAGACUGAAAGUAAUUUCUAGAGCCAUCCAGAUCUGCCGCAGUGCAGGUUGAGAAGCCUCUGUAGCUGUUCUACAGGGGAACCUUGCUUGCAUCAGAAAAUUCUGCUUACUACAGAAUGGUCCACAUGGCUCAAAGAGCAACUAUAACUAUUAGAGAUGCUAUGAAAUGAAAAC